AUGAUCCCAUCAUGGUCCUGGAUUAUGCCUGUCUCAGUGGCCUUCUCCAUAUUCGGUUCUCUCAAUGGUGGUAUGUUUAUGCUCGGGAGGUUAAAUUAUGCCGGCAGCAAAGAAGGACAUUUGCCGUCACUCAUCUCCAUGCUCCAUGUCCAUUACUUGACUCCAGCUCCAGCGAUGAUUAUCUCCACACUGAUAGGAUGCAUAUUUGUCAUACCUUCCGACCUUCUCUCAUUAACUAAUUACUUCAGCUUUUGUUCGUGGCUCCUAAUUGGACUAACUUGUGCUAGCCUGAUUGUUCUUCGCUUCAGGGAGCCCAACUUGGAGCGUCCUUACAAGGUGAGAUAAA